UUCUGUAGGUGCCCGUCGAAAUGGAUUUUAACAGUAUGAAUCAUAGGCCAUUUUAUCUGAACUAACUUUUAAUUAACCAAAAUGUGAUGUCAUACUAUUUUGAUUUUAAUGUGUUUUAACGGAUUUGCUGCCGUUGGGGCAAAAUGUCGGCCUUCUUUCGGUUUUUAAGCAAACGGCGAUCACGAAGAGGUGUGAAAAAUAGGACAGAACUUGGACAACCCGUGAAGAAGAAGAAUGCAUUGCCUUGCAUAGUUCAGCUACUGGAUGGCACUGAUUUUCAUGUUGAGUUACACAAGAAGGAUCAUGGUCAGGAGCUGAUAGAACAGGUUCUGUACCACCUGGAUAUCUUAGAAAAGGAUUACUUUGGCCUGCAGUACACGGACACUCACAAUGUCAAUCAUUGGUUGGAUCCGACUAAACAGGUUAAAAAACAAGUCAAAAUUGGUCCUCCGUACUCGUUUAGAUUUCGAGUGAAAUUCUACUCUUCAGAACCCAAUGUUUUAAGAGAAGAAUUAACCAGAUACCAGUUUUUCCUGCAGCUAAAACAGGACAUCUACACCGGCAGACUAGAAUGUCCGGAAGAAACUCUCGUUCAGCUGUGCGCCUAUGCCCUUCAGUCGGAGUUGGGUGACUAUGAUCCAGAGGUACACACUCCUGGAUAUAUUUCGGAAUUUCACUUCAUUCCCAACCAGACUGAACGAUUCGAACUUGCCAUUCAUGAGGAGUUCAAGAAAUGCAGUGGGAUGACUCCAGCAGACGCUGAAAUGGAAUACCUCAAUAAAGCAAAAUGGCUGGAGAUGUACGGAGUCGAUAUGCACACUGUGAUGGGUCGAGAUAGCUGCGAAUAUCAUCUCGGAUUAACGCCGACAGGUGUUCUUGUAUUUGAAGGCCAACAGAAAAUUGGACUCUUCUUCUGGCCGAAAAUGACACGUCUUGAUUUCAAGGGAAAGAAGCUGACACUGGUGGCAGUUGAAGAUGAUGAAAGUGGUAACAGUCAAGAUCACUUGUUCGUGUUUCGUCUACACAGUGAGAAAGCAUGUAAACACUUGUGGAAGUGUGCCGUGGAACAUCAUGCGUUCUUCAGGCUCAAAGGACCAGUGAAGGGACCAAAUGCCAGACAGAAUUUCUUCCGACUAGGCUCAAGAUUUAGAUACAGUGGAAGAACUGAAUACCAGACGGCGACAAUUAACCGUUCUAGAAGAAGCGUGAAGUUUGAGAGAAAACCAAGUCACCGGUACUCACGUAGACCGACGUUUGAACGAGCUGAGCGGGAGGAAAAGUUGCGCAGAGACAAAGAAAGAGCUGACAGGAAGAAGGCUUCAGCUGAAGCCAGAGAAGCAGCUAGGAAUUCGUCCAAGACUGAAACGACUAUUGAUACACCUGCAAGCCCCAAAGUAAUGACCCCGGUUGUAGCGACAGUAAAUGUUGCACCUGCAUCUCCAGCUGUUGCCAUGGCAACUGUGGACAUGCCUGAUGGUGCUGCGAAAGCUGCACCGAAAGCUGCACCGAUGUCUGCAAUGGACCGGCUCGACAGUUUGAUUAAAGGCUCGAACCAUGCAACGGAAUAUUCCACUCACAGUUUGCCGCGACCUUCACCACGACCUUCAGCCAGUUCGACAUCGGGUGCUGAAAUCAGCAUAAAAGAAGCGUCUGAAAAGGCGCAGGCGCGACUGAAAGGCUUGGAUGAGAUGACACCCAAUAUCACUAAGCCAAAAGAUGUGAACACCUUUAAGAAUAAUCAGGUGAAGUUUGCCGGAGGGUCCACCAUUCCGCCUGAUCAGAUGAAGUGCAAUAUACUGAAGGCCAAGAUGGAAAAUGAUCUAAAGAAAGAACAAGAAAUUGUGUUGCUGCCAGAGAAAAGUAACCCCAAUGAAUCUCUUGAUCUUUCUCACAAAAGUGACUCUAGUGCAGAACAUUCCGACACUGAUAGUGAAAGUGAAAGUGAGGGGGAAGCCAGAAGCUCCCCGCCAGUAUUGGAUGAUGAAAGUGUUACGCUGAUCAAGACACAGAAAGUCGCCCCUGCCCCAGCUGUUCCAACCAUAACAGUAAUUCAGAAUGGAUAUAAUAGCGUGGAACGAAAAAAGCACAACAGCAGCCACAGUAGCCACCACAGCUACAGCAGCCACCACAGCCACAGUAGUGAGUCAUCUCACAACCGCACCCUCAGUCAGAGCAGCGAAACUGGCGACAAGCGUAAACUCAGCCAGAACAGUGAGAUGGGCGACAAGCGUAAACUCAGCCAGAACAGUGAGAUGGGCGACAAGCGGAAACUCAGCCAGAACAGUGAAGUUUUCAUCAGCGUCAACUCUGCCAAAGCCGCAGGUGUCCCACAGCCUGCAGAAAUGGCUCAAAAGGAGAAGAAAAUAACUGCCCCAUCCAUCAAAACCAAAUCCCCUGUUACGGUGCACACACAUUCAGACCCUAAGGCAACUAAAGAGUUUCCUACAACCGUUGAUAUGUCCAAGGCACCUACAAAAUUUCCUCAAAGCUUUUUGGUGAAGGGCUCUAAGAAUGAAUGGUUUCCUCUCCCACCACCCCCAGAGCCUCCCACUGCAGUGUCCGACAUGGACCUGCCCUUACCGCCUCCACCUGAUAAUCUUGUAAGCAGCACCAACCCGUUUCUGAUUUCUGAAAAGGAACCCAUGAAUCCCUUUGACGUAAAUGAUGAGGGAGAUGCAGACACCUGCACAAACCCGUUUUUAACUGAAGAGAAUGAAAAGACACCAAGCAAUAUAUUCCUUCCCCUAGAGGGGAAAAAAUCAAAUUCUGUAAAUGUUGGUUCUUCGUAUGGCAAAAACCCAUUUGAGACUGAAUCGGACAUGUCAAAAGUUCCGUCCUCAAAGUCGAGGCAUGCUCCUGUUCCGGUGUUGAGCAGUACUCCGACUGAAACGAGGACCUCAGCUGUUAGUCCACGGUCAAAACCGGCUGUUCCCGUCCGAUCAGUUUCCCUGUCAUCAACAAGCCUGACAAACCAAACCAGUAACAAACAUCCUCAUCCUUCCUGUUCCAUCCCUCCUCCCCGACCCCCUAACAGUCCUGCCAGAUUCCGUCUCUCGGCAUCCCCGGAAAAACAGAAAUCCCCAACUUGGAGGCAAACAUCGUCUGCCAGCAUGGGUAGAAAUAUUUCUGUUAAGAAAUCACCACCACCACCGCCACCACCACAGCCACCACCACCGUCACAACUUCCACCUCCAUCUGACAAACAAAAUGUCACGCCCAGCACUACCGCAGCUUGGGAACACGCCAGUACAGGGGAUCACAGUUUGCCUGGCGAAAGAACAGUUGUGAUUGAAACUUCAUUCACAGGAACGAAACCCGUCACCAGGAAGGUGUCCUCAGCCUCUGCCAAGACGACUGUCAGUCAUGUGAUCACUGUCAGCCAAUCGGAUUCUGGGUCGUCUACUGCCAAUGGCAGCGACCUGUCCCCGUGGCAAGUAACAGUUCCUGAAAAGAAGGUGGAAAGGAAAGUGACCUUAACAACGGAAUUAUGAAAGUGUUUACACAAUAGCUAAAGACUUAAUUCAGCAUUUCACCAUUGUGUGUCGCCUCUACACCGGACCAAGUUCUCACCAAGGGAACUAACUCUGCACUCCAGUUAAAGGAACGCUAUUUGUGACCUAAAUAUUGUUGAGGUGUUUUGUACUUCUCUUGUCUGUUGUCAACCACGAUAAGAGUUGGUAUCGAUUGCUGACACAACAUCUGUUGUUGUGUCACACUUUGAUGAUGAUAUUUAGAUACCAAUGUUUUUGUUCAAGCCCCCGUAUUUGUAAAACUUUGAAUCCAGAUUCUACUCUAAUGCUCAAAUUUGGGUCUAUAAUGUUCAAAUUUUGAUUUAUAAUGCUAAAUCUUGUAUCUCUUCUUGUAUUUGCUCUGUUGUAAUGCUAAAGGUUUAGUCUAGACUUAAUUUUACCAUGAUACUCAACCCUUAGAAUGUAAUGUGAAGCUUUGGAGUUGGACAUAGUCUACACUUAAUAUAAAAUUUAAAUCUGGACUUUUAACUACAUUUAAUGUCUCCACUUAAUGUGAAACUUUGAGGUUUGACUUGGUCAGCACUCUAAUACUAAACUUAAGACUUUGAGCAUCUACUGGGGUCUACACUAAUUACUUUGUACAAAAUGCAUGCUGUUUGCGUUCAGACUUUUGUCCAAUUUGGGCCUUGAGAACCAACUUUUCAGGUGUUAUUGGCACGAGCUUUGAUGAAAGCAUUUGUUUAUAGCUUUUCUUGCUUAGGUCAUUUACUUGUCUUUGUGUGCUAUUUUUAACAUUAAAAUGUUAAAUCUUUUACACCAAAUGUUUCCAGAAUUAAAUCACUUAAAUGUGACUUCUUGAGAAAAAAAUGUUUUAUAUUAAGUCUAUUAUAUUAAAAAAUAAAUUUGUAUAUUUUAUUUUAAAACAAAACAAUAUAUAUUUAAACUUCAUUUUAUAUACACCAUGUAUAUAAUCCUCAAAAUUAACUAAAGGAAGAGCAUCAUACAUUUUUACCUCCCAUACACAUAUUUGUAACUAGUAGUAGCUGUCGAACUGUAUUCACAGAUAAUGCUAGUGUCUGCAAUAUUGUACUUCAUAGUGCUGUCUGGUACAUUGGUAGUGUAAGUAAUACAAUAGACUGAACACAAUAGACUGAACACACAAAACCCUUUUAAAAUGCAAUAGUGUGGCACACACCAUUUGAAUAUUGACAAAUUACACAAACACAUGUACUUGGUGCAUUAACUGCAUAUGUAUUGUAAUGCUGUACUGUAUUUUUUUAUCAACCUGUCAGUCUUAAAUUGUGCAUUAUUAGACCAUUUUAUCUCAGUGGCCCAGUGAUUUGUCUUGGGGUAGUAAAUUUUUAAUUCAUUAUCCUCUACAAAUAAAAAUAAUUAAUUUAUUUUUACCUAAUUACGGACGCAUGUUCAAACAUGCUUUGUAACCAAUAUAAAUAAAUAAUUUUUUUUAAAGAACAUAACGUGAUGUGGAAUGAUGUUUUAAUUUAAUUAGUUUUUUAGAAAAUUUAAUUAUUCUGGAAAUAUGAAUUUUUAAAAUCUAGUUUUAGAUGUGUAGUGUUACGUAAUAUAUGAAUGACGUUUUAAGCAGUUGUGGAAUAUGUGCAAUUUUAAUAAGAAGUUUACCAAGCAAUCUGAUAUGUGUCAUUAAAAAACAUGAUGCUAAUGAAAAACAAACUACCAGGCAUAUGUGUUUAAUUCAUUUAAAAACAAAGUAAUUUCUUUUUAACUUAACCUGAUGUCAAAUAGGGAUGAAUGCCAUUAGUUUGACAUCAGGCUUCGUAUUCAUAAAAAAAAAAACAUGAGCCAAGUUUCAACAUAUUUAAUCAUUCCUCUUGCAGUUGCUUUUAAUAAUACACAUUUUUGAAGCAAACUCGAACAUGAUUAUUGUGAAUUAUUGCAAUAAGAUGAACAACUGAAAGUUGAUAGACUUGGCCAUUAUUUGUAGUUAUGUGUUGUGUUGUUAGUGUUUGUUACCAUAAGCUCCAAGCUUUGCUAUGUUAGUUUAGUUACAAACUUUCCACUGUUAAGUGUUUAUGAUUUAUUCUAUUCUGAUUGGACGACGUCACUGCGGAUAAUGACAUCAUUACGUCUAAUGGGAUGUCGUACUGUAAAACAGGUUAUGGAAAGGAUGUUAGAAACUGAUUUUAAACUUAAUAAGUUGAGUUAUUUGCAAUUAUGAGAAUUUUUGUCAAUGUUGGUGAAUUUAUCGAUGUAUAACUGUCACAAAUUAAGUGUAAAUUCAAUUUGUUACCGUUAUACCUCAAUAAAUUCAUAAAACCCCCAAGAUUCUUGUUUAAAUAUAAAAAAGAGUUCUUGUACAUAUGUAUAUUGAUUUAUUGUUGCCUCAAUUGCUAUGUUUUGUUGCUUAGACAGUCUCCUUUGUUUAUAACCAACAGAGCUUUUUAUAGGCUGAAGAACUGAAUAUUAAAAUUACUUCCUUUUUUUACGUGAAAUUCAUGCUGAACCCUAACUUAAUGUAGCAUUAUCGUCAGAAAGAUAAUUGUUUUGUUUGAUUGUUUGAUACAUAUACAUUUAAAUUCCGAACAGCGUGCUUGUAUGUUGUGGUAAUUUUGAAACAUGGAAGUCACUGUAGGGGAUUAUACUUCUUUGUUGUUUUGCUUAUUAAGAAUGGCUUGUUAGCUUACAUAAUAGAUUUUGCUUUUUUUUCUAAAUAUUUCAUUAGUUUAUUAUUAAAAGGGGUAUUGUUAAUAAGUUUAGGUUAACAGAUUCCUAAGUAUCAAUGACCAGUUUUUAUUUCAGUAAUUCGGAUUCAUUUUUUUAAUUUUAAAUUUGUAUUCAUAUACAUGUACAUAACAGUUAUAUACAUGUAUUAAUGUAUCUGGUAUACAGUAC